AUGACGGGGAAGGUUCCUUCAUUCUCCCGCGGCUCCACAGUGAGCUCCACUCUGCUCGGCUACGUCGCUCUCUGCCUCACUCUACAGGUUCACAGGCUGGUGUCAGCACAGUUCACAGUGACUGGACCUGACCAUCCAGUCACUGCCUCCCUAGGUGGGGAGGCCAUCCUGCCCUGCCACCUCUCCCCCAGGAUGAGCGCUGAGAACAUGGAGGUGGGAUGGUUACGAUCCCAGGACUUUGAAGUCGUGCACCUGUACCGUGAUGGGCAGGAUCAGUACAGAGGGCAGAUGCUGGAAUAUCAAGGCAGAACUGAGUUCUUGAGAGACGACAUCACCAAUGGGAGAGUUUCCCUGAGAAUACGCGAUAUCCGACCCUCCGACAAUGGGCCAUAUGUGUGUUUUUUUCAGUACAGUGUCUUUUAUGAAGAUGCUUUAUUGGAACUACAGGUGGCAGGUUUGGGCUCUGAUCCUGUCAUCUCUGUGGAGGGACAUCAGGACGGAGGGAUCCGGGUUGUGUGUCGAUCAUCCGGAUGGUACUCACAGCCCGAGGCUCAGUGGAGAAAUCUCCAGGGGCAGAUCUUACCAUCAGCCUCUGAAAACAUUGACCAAGAGGCCAAUGGCCUGUUUCAAGCAGAGAUUGCCAUUGUUAUAACAGAAAAGUCCAACCAGAAAGUUUCCUGCUAUGUCAGGAAUCCCCUACUCAACCAGGAGAGAAAGACAGCGAUUUCCCUAGCAGAAACUCUGCGAUCGGAUAAGGAGAGCGAGAAAGAGACCCUGCUGUCUGAACGGGAACAAGAGAAAGCGGAAUACGAGGCAGCGAAAGAACUGGGACUCACCAGAGCCCAAGGAUAUGCAGUGGACGUGACUCUGGAUCCAGACACGGCAAAUCCCAAACUCGUCCUGUCUGAGGAUCGGAAACAUGUGAGAUGGGGAGACAAACGCCAGGAUCUGCCCAACAAGCCUGAGAGAUUUGAUCAUUGUUACUGUGUCCUGGGUGCUGAGGGGUUCGCGGGUGGGAGGCGUUACUGGGAGGUGGAGGUGGGAGACAAGACAAGCUGGGACCUGGGGGUUUGUAGGGGAUCUGUGAGGAGGAAGGGGCAGGUCACACUCUCACCUGAGGAUGGAUACUGGGCCGUGUGGCUGCGGGAUGGGCGAUACCAGGCCCGCACCUCCCCCCCGACCCCCCUCCCCGUGAGCGUCAGGCCCAGCCGGGUGGGGAUUUUCCUGGACUAUGAGGCGGGCGAGGUCUCGUUUUACAAUGUGACUGACAGGUCCCAUCUCUUCACUUUCACUGACACCUUCUCUGGGACGCUCCACCCUUAUUUCAGUGCUGGUUACAAAGCUGGGGGUACAAACGCGGCUCCCCUGAUCAUCUGCCUGGUCCCAGCUCAGGCCGGAGGGAAUCUCGGUCCCUGACAGUGACCCCGCGGCACAGACUGGCCCCUCCCAGCCCUGCUGCUCUUCCCGCCCCCUGGUGGUGGAGGCCGGUUACUGCAGGGAACUGGACUUUUUGUGCUGCCCAGAUGCUGCCAGUUUCCCUUUUCAGCUGGAGUAGAAACCCGGACACCUGGCAACCCCAGCCCAGGCUGGGUGAAUGGGACCCACUUGCUGGAAGGAGCCAGAAAGCUUCCCCCCUACCCCCGUUCCCCCUGUGUUUGCUGCACCCCUGGCACAGGGCGAUGCUGGUAAGAAAAACUGCCAGACAGCUGGUGGGUUUUGCUGCCCUCACCUUUCCCCGUCCCCUGCCCAGGGGUAGCAGAUGGUGGUGGACGGGGGUCAUUCACUCCUGUCAGA